AUGGCCAUGCAGUCCGUGCCAUUGCUCUUACGGCAAUCGCUGCGAGCUCAUUCCCAGAUCAUACGCGCAGGCGCCCGAUCGAAACAAUCCCCUCAAGUCCGAUUCCGUACAACACCUCCGAAUGUCUUUGCCGACAGGCCGAUCGCCCGAAGCUUCUCGAUUUGCAGCCAAUGUCACUUUCACCAGCUCCCCAGGUCACUCGCCCCGCUUCCGGAUGAGAAGGAUAAGAUCUCAGACGAAUUAGGGAGGGUCAAUGAGCAUUCUGCGGCAGGCAUCGUGUCAGACGGCGUGCCAGACUCCAAUGCAGCCGCGGGGACCCCUCACAAAAGCUCCUCGGAGCAGGACUCGACCUCGUCAUGGCAGGCACAAAUGAAGAUCGAAAACGAAGCAUCACCUGAGGGGACAGCGGCCGAGCAGAAGAAACAGUCUACACCUUCUUGGUCAACUCUAAGCUCUUCAGCCGGCGGGUUGCCGUCUUACCUGGAGAAUCGCCGAUCUCAAUUGUCAAAGCAGUUCACUACGAUGAUGGAUACAAUGCAAGCCAAUGUCUUUGUCGCAGGACAGCGUCUUAAUGAUCUGACGGGCUACUCUGCCAUCGAGGUGCUCAAGAAGGAUAUUGAAACUCAAGAAGAUCGACUCCGCGAAGCUCGUGCUCAAGUGCGCAGGGCCAAGGAAAACUACACAUCUGCAAUUAACAAUCGGUCUACUUCGCAGCGCGAGGUUAACGAGCUCCUGCAGCGUAAGCACGCCUGGUCCCCGACCGACCUCGAGCGCUUUACGUUAUUGUACCGCAAUGAUCAUGCCAACGAGCUCGCUGAAGCGGAGACACAAGAGGCACUCUCCCGUGCAGAGCGAGAGGCAGAAGAAGCUGCCGCUUCGCUGAACAAGAGCAUUCUUUCCCGUUACCACGAAGAGCAGGUCUGGUCGGACAAAAUUCGCCGGAUGAGCACCUGGGGCACCUGGGGUCUCAUGGGUGUCAACGUCCUGCUCUUUUUGAUUUUCCAGAUUGCCGUGGAACCUUGGCGCCGCAGCCGACUUGUCAAGGGGUUCGAAGACAAGGUCGUCGAGGCCCUGGAGAAAGAGAAGAGCUUGAACCACAUCCAUAGCGCCGUUUCCUUGCCCGCAGGCUCGGUGACCCUCCCCGAGGUCAUUGAUUCCACGGUCGAGAAAUCUGUCGCGGCCAUCGAAGCGCCCAAAGACGAACCUGCCGAGGCUCCUCUCACUCCGGCGAUCUCACCAGUUGAACCUUCUCUCACCGCCGAAGCUACCGUUGAACCCGCUGCUGAAUCUACGGUUGAGCCUACGCCCGAGAAGUCACUCUACACUCGCGUGGCUGAAAUUCCCUGGGCACCAAUCACUCUUCAAUACUGGCGGCAGGUGAUUGAUGAACUCUUCGCCGAGCGAAUAGUUUCGCUCUCGCAGCGCGAUAUCACCGUAGCUGCGUUGCAAAGCGCUGCAGCCGGAGCAGCUUUGACCAGUCUGCUUCUGGCCCUGGUGAGACCUCGCUAG